AUGGGGAAUUGCCUUCGACAUGAAUCAGACAUUGUAUGGGGAGGCGACAAUUGGGGAUCCGCCGACGAUUGGGGGUUGCCGGAAUCGGAAAAACUCUACCGGAAAGACACACAACGAAUUCCUUCUUCUUCUGCUGAUGCUGAAACGGAGGUGAUGAAGAUAAAGAUUACAAAGAAGGAGUUUGAUGAGUUGGCAGGGAAGGGAGAUGUAGAAGAGAUGCUUACUCAGUUGAUGAACGUGGGUGAAGAAAGGUAUCAACAAGCUCAUCAGCAGCAGAGAUCUUGGAGACCUGCCCUUAAGAGUAUUCCUGAGUGA